AUGUGUUGCACUCGUCCAAUUGCGUUGAGGUGCGACGGAAUAGCCACUUGCAAGGGCCACGAAUACUGUGUCUAUACGAGUAAUCAUGGAACUGAACCGCCACCAAGGGGGUCCAAGAAUGGUGACGGCGGCAGCCUUAUAUUUGGACUAGAAAUGGAGCAACCCACUAUUCAGAUAUUUGGCUAUUCUGAUACCAGAAGAUUUGCAGAGAUGUGCCGCAUCCAUAAUACAGCAAGGCGUGUAAGAAUACAUCGUGCAAGUGGCGAUUCAGCUCAGAAUGAAGCUGAGCGAACUAAUAGUGCAAUAGGUGAUGCCCUUGUGGAUGGAGCAACUCUUAAAUGGGAUGCCCACAAACCUUUGGAUGAAUUAUCGGAUGAAGAAAUCCAAAAUCUUAGUUCCUCUGAUCUGGAAAUGAGGAAGGAAAAAGCCCUUGAAAAGAACGCAUGGGAUGUUGCAGAGCAAGUCUGUGUACGCAUAGAUCAAGCAAAGGGCCCUGCUGGGGAUUUUCUUCAUGCCUAUGUAACUGAUCGUCCAGAUGAGCGCUUUUUUUGGAAUUCAGAAUAUCUGAAAAAAUAUACAGAAGCCUCAAAGUCAACAAAGGUGACUAUUCCAGGACAUGGAUAUUUCAAAAAAAUUCAUGAUUUCCUUGCUUCUCAUUUUGAAUCUGGAGAGCUCUACAUGGAAUACCGUAAAAAUUCAUGUUUGGAUGAUGACGGUGAGAGAUGUGUCUUUUGCACUAAUUCAAAGGAUUCUGGAUUUGGAGAAAUUCCAAUCAAGCCUUUUCCAAAACCCUUUCCAGGAGCAAAUUUCCAUUAUAAAUCAAUACAAGAAACACCUGUUGAUAACCGAUCAACCGAUGAUUACCAGCCUCGAGUUCAGUUGAAAAAAUUAUUUUCUGAAGGCCACAUUUCAAGUUCAAAACCUGACACAGUUUUAGAAUUCAGUAAAAAGUAUAUUGUGAAUGAAGACUGUGUUCAACAAUAUCUUCAACACUUAGAAUCUCUAAAGCUUCAAAAAGACAAAAGACUGCAAUUGUCCAGGAGGAAUAGAAUUGAAAGAGCAGAAAAAACCUACACAGAUUUCGAUUGGAUUCAAAUGUUUGAACAAAACCUGAUUGAAAAACAGUCUGUUCAAACUUUGGACAAAUAUCUUGUUCAUCACAAACUAGGAAGUUUUCAUUAUAAAGCAGAAAAAGUUCAAGUCAUACAAAGACACAUUGCAUCAUCUUUGACUUUACCCCAAAUAUCUGAUGAUGAUGAUGAUGAUGAUGAAGAUUUAGUAAUAGAAGCGUAUGACAGUGAGAGUGAAGAGAGUGAUGAUAGUGAAGAAAGUGAGAGCGAUACAGGGGAGAGUGGAAAUGAGACAGAGGAAAGGGAGAGAGAAGAAAACAGAACUGAAGUUAACAUUACAAACUCAAGAAGAUCUGUGAAGAAACCAUCUUGGCUAAAGGAUUACACUUUACUGUAAUAAUUAAGGAAGUUCUAAAGAUUGGGUUUAGAUAAAAACAUAUCAUAUAAUGAUUUGAAUAUUGAAACUAUUUAUUUCAUUUUCAUCAUCACAAAGCAUAUUUUAGUUUACUGGUACAAAUUGUAUUAUUAACUAUAAAUAACUUUUUUUUCUAUCUCACUUGUAUAAAAGGCAGAAUCAUUCUCACAGCAUAAAAUUACCUAACAAUUGGAAAUCUUUAGUGUGCAUGAAUAAGAGGCAUCAAUUAAUUUACAAAAUUUAAAGUAUUUGGGGUGCAUACAUGUAUACGAUGAUAUUUUAAAUACAUGUACAUGAUUAAUUUUAUCAGUCUCACAUAGAGUUUUGCUUAAAUAUUUUUUUUUCUUAUAAUUUCAGAAAUAUUCUAAAGUGUAAUUUUCUUUUUUUUUUUUUUUAUACGUGCAGUUUAUAUGAUUCACUAAUUGUGUAGUGACUGAAUAGUUUAUUGAAAAAGAAUCAUUUGAAUCAUGAAAGUGUUGGUUGAAAGCAUCUUUAAAUAUCUUUGUACCCAUGUUAUACCAGUACAUGUUUAAUAUAUAAAUAUAUUGUACUUUUUGAUAUUUUUUGUUGCAAAAUCCUCAUGAACAUCAAGAUGUAUCCAUGGGACAGUAACUUUUUUUUAAAGUCCCAAGACAUGGGACACACAUUUUUUUUCAAGCUGAAAACCAUGGGACAUGUGUUUUUUUUAAAUGAAUUAUUUUUUUUGUACCGGUCCCAUCAUUGUGAUAAAUUUU